UCUCCAUCACUCUCAGCUGGAGGAUCUGCAAGUUGCACAUUCCAGAGUGUGUGUACGUGUGUGUUGUGUGUGUGUGUGUGUGUGUGAGAAAGAGAGAGAGUGACAGAGGGGGUGUCUAGAUGGAUAGGACCUUGUUAUCCAUUGCGUCAAGGGCUCUGUAAUUCCUGGCUGUAAUCUGCAACCAACUGGACACAUAGAUGACACACUGCACUGUUGCCCUUCCUAAAUACAAAGGUGAAGCAGGACAGAGAACAUGGACAGUUUGAUCCGGCACUUGGAACGAGACCAAGAGGGUACAUCGCUACCACUGCCAGUCACGCUUCCAGCCUGGUUGGAGGACACGAAUGAGACCGUGGGGAAUCAAUUCCAGCAGCCCAACUGGCAGGUGGCUCUGUGGGCUUUAGCCUACUCCCUUAUCAUCCUGGUCUCCGUCACUGGGAACGUCACGGUCAUCUGGAUCAUUCUAGCUCACAGACGGAUGAGGACUGUGACUAACUAUUUCAUCGUCAACCUGGCCUUCUCUGAUGUUUCCAUGGCAACAUUUAACACCCUCUUCAACUUUGUCUACGCUCUACACAACGACUGGUACUUCGGCCUGGGCUACUGCAGAUUCCAGAACUUCUUUCCCAUCACCGCUAUGUUUUCAUCCAUUUACUCCAUGGCUGCCAUCGCAGUGGACAGAUACAUGGCCAUCAUCCACCCUUUGAAGCCCCGCCUCUCCUCCACCUCCACCAAGGUUGUGAUAAUGCUCAUAUGGAUCGUAGCCAUCUUACUCGCAUUCCCACAGUGCUACUACAGCGUGACAAGAUUUUACUACCCGAGAACUGUCUGCAUGGUCGAUUGGCCGGACGACUAUGGCGGAACACAUCAACUCAGCUACCAGUUUGCUGUCAUAUUGCUGAUCUACCUGUUCCCCCUGCUGGUGAUGCUGGUGACCUACAGCCUGGUAGGCAGGACCCUGUGGGGAGGCCACAUCCCCGGAGAGGCGUCGGACCACUACCACAGCCAAAUCACAGCAAAGAGAAAGGUAGUCAAGAUGAUGGUUGUUGUGGUGGUGACAUUUGCUCUGUGUUGGUUGCCCUACCACACAUACUUCAUAUUGGGAUCAUUCAAUAGAGACAUUUACAAGCAACAUUACAUUCAACAGGUUUACCUGACCAUUUUUUGGUUAGCAAUGAGCUCCACCAUGUACAACCCUAUCAUUUACUGCUGUCUAAACCAAAGGUUCCGUGCUGGUUUUCGUCACGCCUUCUCUUGGUGUCCUUUCAUCAAAGUAACAGAGGAGGACAAGAUGGAGCUGCAGUACACACACACCUUCAGAGUGACCAUGACGCGCAGCCAAGGCAACAACAGCGCGCACACAUCCAUAGAUACAAACAACACUUGGGAUGUAAACAAAGGAUAUGGGCAAUGAUGACGCAAAUGAUGGUAGGACAUUCCUGAUGUAAAGAAGCUGGUUUGGGCAUCUUUACAUUGGAACAACACUGGUGGUUUGAUUGGAGGACUUGGUUUUACAGUGAUGGUGUUCUAAUGAUUGUUUAAAAAAAAUAACAGAAGACCGUUUUUUGAGUUUACAUUUGCUGCUAUUGUGAAUGAUCGUAAGGCCCACCUCAUAUCAUUUUUGUCUUUAGUGAAGUGUUUCUCAAAAUUGGGUCUGCAGACGCCAACUUAAAAAAGCUUAAAAUGUGUAGUGAGCUUUAAAUUUGAAAAGUACAGCUGUUGCUUUGCUUCUUUUUUUAGUUGUAUUUACCCCUUUUUUGUGUAUUAUCACUGAUUGUGAAAGGGUACACAAAAGAGUCAAAGAAAAUGCAGUAAACACAAAAACUACAGACUGGGAGCGUGGGAGCAAGGAGUGUGCUGUUUUACCCAAUCUCAUUCUGUUUUUGAACAAAUUCUAGACCAGAGGUGUCAAACUUGCGGGCCGCAGGCCAUUUGUGGCCUACCAAAUCAUAUUUUGCGGCUCACGACAACAGGCUAACACUGGUGUUAUCACACAGAGACGUAUCAAGAUACUGUAUUAUUGUUAUUGUGAUCCAUGUAUCACUAAUCAUAUCAUGAGAUACCCAGCCCUACUCCAAUACUUGAUGCGAUCCAGCCUCACCUCCAGGGGCCCCCCAGUGAAAUUGAGUUAGAGACCCCUGUUCUAGAGUUUAGUAGAUUUCCUUGUUUUCCCACUGCCAAACAUAUCACGUUUUUACUGCUGGACUAGUAGACAUGCCUGUCUGUGGGGGAACAUUUAAGUUUUUAUAUUUAUUGGCUAAGCGAAACACACAUUGGUAGAUCUAGAUGGCUGCAAAAUAUAUUUAGGGAAAAAUCACACAUAGAUAAGUAUCAAUGAUUGGUGUAUUUAAAAUCAUUCAUUCAUUUUCUAUACCGCUUCUCCUCAAUUAAGUCGCAGUGGUAUGCUGGAGCCUAUCCCAGCUGACUUCCGACGAGAGGCGGGGUACACUCUGGAUUGAUUGCCAUGGAACAAAAAUCCCACAUGCAUAUUAAAAGUGUCAGGUCUGUCUUGGCAGAACGCAUUUAGAUUCCAAUAUGCAUAUUCAAUAUUAGCCAGGAAGACUGAUUUUAAAUGAAUAUCACACAAUGUGAAAUGUAUGCAAAGCUGCAGAGAUAGAACAUGUAAAAAAAAUCCUGCAUUAAUUUGACAUUGUACAAGGACAUACUGCACUAUAUUGCAUAUACUCUAAUGUUUCCUGUUAUUUGAAGAGUCUUUAUUCAUAAGGCAAGACAUUUUCAUUCCCUCAUGCACUUUAGUUCUUUAUUAGAAUGGCCAAUAAUUAUCUGAUAUUGGUAUCUUCCCUACAAUGACAACUGAUAUAGAGCAUGCAGUGCAAGCAUUGCAUUUGCAGAGAUUGCAGCAUGAAAGCAGUUAUAGUGCUAAAACAUCAUAGAGCAAUGUAAUAAGUAGGUAACACAUGUUGCACAUAUCGGUAUCGGUUGAUAUUAGAAUUGGAAAUCGAGAGUUGGCCAAUAUCAGCAUAUCGGUUAUCAGCAAAAAAGUCAAUAUCCGACAUUCCCUAGUUUAUUUUAUGCUUGAAAAGUGAAAAUGGAGUGUAUUAAUGUAAUCGAAAUGUAAAUAAUCAGUGGCAAUCAUGCAGAUCUGGUCCUGAGUACUAUUUAUGAAUAUGUAUAGUGGCAUUGUUAAUAAUUUGUUUGGUGUCUGCACAAAAU